GGUGAAAUAGAGUAUCAUAUUCAAUUGAAUUAAUUCAUUCUAUUCAAAUUUCCGAGUCCAAAUUUUUUCUCUGCUUCUCGCAUCAUUCCACCAUGUCUAAGCUCAUCACCGUCUUUGGCGCCACCGGCAACCAGGGAGGUUCCGUGAUCAAGACCAUCCUAGCCGACCCUGCAGUGUCGAAGGAGUUCAAGAUCCGGGGUAUUACCCGGGAUGUCUCCAAACCUGCUGCUCAGGAGUUGGUGAAGCAGGGGGUUGAAGUCAAAAGCGCCAAUAUGGACUCGACUGCUUCUCUCCUCGACGCAGUCCGUGGCUCUCACACGGUGUUCCUCAUCACCACCCCAUGGGGAGAGGGCGAGGGCGGCCCGGAAGUCGAGCUUACCCACGGCACCAAUGUCACGAACGCUGCUAAGGAAGCCAGUGUUGAGCACAUCAUCUACUCCUCUCUGCUUAAUGUCACCGAGACCUCCGGCGGCCGUCUCACCCAUGUGCCUCACUUUGACCUGAAGGAGAAGGUCGAGAGGUACAUCCGGUCGUCUGGUGUUCCGGCCACGUUUGUUCUGCCGGGUUACUUUAUGUCCAACUUUGCUGCUUUCGGUAUGAUCCGUAAGGGCGAUGAUGGCGUUUACAAUCUCGCAUAUCCAGUCACCAACAACGCCAAGUUCCCUCUGGUCGACGUUCCCGAAGAUCUCGGCAAAUUCGUCCUCGCGGCCAUCAAGAAGCGCACCGAGCUCAUCGGUGCCCAGAUUCUGGCUUCUGCCGAUUACUACACUCCCGCUCAGAUUCUGGCUGACUUUGAAGCGGCUACUGGAAAGAAGACCCGAUAUGUGCAGGUAGAUGCGGAGACGUAUAAGGGAUUCUUGCCGGCCCCGGUUGCAGACGAGCUUCUGGAGAACCACCUGUUUAUCGAAGAGCCCGGAUAUUACAAUGGUCGCGGCUUGGAGGAUAGCAAAAGGCUGCUGUCGGGCCUGGGUUUGAAGACGACCUCUUGGAAGGAGUAUGUGCAAAAGCACAAGGAGGCUUUGGUUUGAGGGGACUUUUAUGCUUGAAGGCUAUGAGGAGUACAUUGUAGCAGAUGCAUGGCUAUAGGUGGGAAUUCAAUGGAUUUGUUUCGAUAGCAUUCCUUAUACAAUAGUUAAGAACGCAGGAUAUGGAUGGCGUGUAUAUAUCUGAGAAGACUUAUGUGAGCUUUAGUAUCUUCCAAG